AUGGUGAGCUCCGCUCGACGCAGCCACACCAAGAAGAGCAACGAUCCACCGCCAGCUAAACCCGCAGCCAUGAAGACCAAAUUCUGCCUCAACUGCCAGAAGGACCUGACGCGUAACAUCCGCAUCACGUGCGCCGAGUGCAAAUCUCAGCCACAUUUUGAGCUGUGCGUUGAAUGCUUUGCUGUGGGGAUCGAGUUGGGCGAUCACAAGAAGAACCACAAAUACACAGUCUCGGACUGCUUGGCCUUCCCCCUCGUACACGAGCUGCUCACGACUGAAAGCGCGACGGUUACGCCCCCAGCGGUUGGCACAAAUGCUGCUGCCUUCCUCGCCACCAGCAAUGACGCUGCCAAUGUUGUGUGGACAGCGGACGAGGAGCUGCUGCUGCUCGAGGGCAUCGAGGUGUUUGGCAUGGGCAACUGGAAAGACAUUGCCGAGCAUGUUGCGACGAAGACGGAUAAAAAAUGCGAAAAGCAUUAUCUGACGGCGUAUUUGGGCUGGAAAGAUCUGGUGCCUAGAUUCCUUGGCGAUGAGAAGGCGGCGGAGAUGAUCGCGGCCUCGGAUCAAGUGGUGAGAGGUGCCCCGGGAGAGCGGAGUGGGCCCAGCCAACUGGCUGGCUACAUGCCGCUGCGUGGAGAUUUUGACGUUGAAUAUGACAAUGAAGCUGAGAUAAUUCUGGCAGAUAUGGAGUUCUCGGAAGGAGAUCACCCUGCUGAACGCGAGUUGAAGCUGAAGGUCAUUCAGAUUUACAACCAGAAACUAGCGAAGCGUAUGGAGCGCAAGAAGUUUGUGGUGGAGCGAGGGCUUUUGGAUUAUAAGUUACAUCAGCAUACGGAGCGUAAGCGGCCGAAGGAGGAACGCGAGCUGCUGGCCCAGGUGCGGCCGUUCGCGCGCUUUCAGACGCCGGAAGACCACGAGAAGUUCGUGGAGGGCUUGAUCACAGCGAUGAGACUCAAAAAACAGAUUCUGCUGCUGCAGGAAUACCGCAAAAACGGAGUCAAGACGCUGGCUGAGGCUGAAUUGUACGACGCGGAGAAGAAGAAGCGCGAACUAGACCAGGCGAUCCAGAAGCAGCGGGACAGUGCCUCAUAUUUAUACGAGUCGGGUCGCACGACGUCGAGCCGCGAUCGUGCGAACAGGUGGCAGAAUCGGGAGCAAGGUGCGAGUAGCGAUGCGGGUGCAGAAAGCUCUAGAACGAGAGGAUCCGGUGCAGUUGCAGGUGGACUCAACGCGAUUGCAGCAACAUUUUCCGUUGAGGGCACUCCAGGCUGCCACUUGCUGACUCCGAAGGAGAAAGAAUUGUGCUCCAAGCUCAAGUUGCUGCCAAAGCAUUACUUGGUGAUCAAAGACGCGUUGGUUCGCGAGUGUUAUCGGUUGGGUUACUUGAGCAAGAAGAUGGCCAAGGAGACGGUGCAAAUCGAUGUAAACAAAACUGGCCAGGUCUACGACUUUUUCGUCAAGUGCGGCUGGGUCAAGUCGGAGAAUGCUACUACGACAGUUUCGUCCUCAUUGAAGACCAAGAGCCCUAAGAAAGGCAAAAAGCCAUCGAUGGAAGCUUUCAGUAGCGCUUCAGUAAUUGCAAAGAAAGAAGAGCAGCAGUCCAUGACGCCGACCAAGCGUAAAGCAGCUGAGAUGGAGACAGGCACGAAAUUGUGA